ACCCUCGCCCGCAACCGCAAGGAAGGAAGGGACAUUCCAAUUAUUCCCCCCCCCCUCCCCCCGCUGCGAAAAGCCUCGGGGAAAGCGGCGGCAGAAAAGAAAACCAUCGUCGGGGCGGGCGAAACAAGGCCGCCGCCGCCGCCGCCGCCGCCUGUCUGCCCACCACCACCGGGUCUUCCACCAAACGGCAGGGGAGGGACGGAGGCAAACGCAAGAGGGAGAGGGAGGGGAGGGACGGCAAGGCUUUUGCUCACGUAAAAGGCAUUAAAAAAAUUCUCGCGUGCGACGAAACCUCGAGACGCCGAGGCAGCGAAGGGGAGGAGAGAGAGAGAGAGGGCAGGGGAGCCCCCGUCCGAAUCUCGCGAUCCCCAACCAGGAGGGCCGGAUUCGCCGAUCCGUGCGCGGCCUGGGGGAGAGAUCCCGCCGAUCGGUGAGCCCGGGGGCUCGGAUUCGAGCCGCGGUUCGGGGUGGGGACUUGCUGGGCUCGGCGGCGUGUGCCGGGAGGCGGUGGUUGGUGCGGCCGGGUGGAUGCUGUCUGUGAGGAGGCGGCAGGAGGAUGCGGGCGGCGGCGUAGAGCAGCUCCGGAGGGGCGCCGCCGCCAUGGAGGACGACGCCGAGCUCGAGGAGGGGGAGGCCUGCGGCGACGAGACCGCCUUCGUUGACCCCGACGUCGCGCUCUCUUACAUUGACAAAAAACUUCAAGAUGUACUGGGCCAUUUUCAAAAGGACUUUGAAGGAGGUGUGUCUGCAGAGAAUCUAGGGUCAAAAUUUGGUGGGUAUGGUUCAUUUUUGCCUACAUACCAGCAUUCUCCUCCUUCUCAAGCUAGAAGUCCACCUAAGGCAGCAAAUGUUACCUCAAGAUCUCCUUUUCACCAGUCAAAGGAGGGCAUGCCUCAAAACCCUUCGGCUGUGGCAGUUCCAUCUAUCGCCCAAAACAAUGGUUCCGUUGUGCCUCUUUCUGGUGAUCCCAGUAAAAAGGAAAUACGUCCAAGCACAAAGGCCGAAAAGGCCUCCAGCUCUCAUGAUUCUUUUUACGGGCCAUCUAAGUGUAGCGACCAGAAUAGGUUUAAAGUCCGGAUAAAAGUUGGUUCUGAUAAUGUUUUGGCGAGAAAUAAUGCGGCUAUUUACAGUGGUCUGGGCCUUGAUAUUUCUUCACCUUCAUCUAAUGAGGAUAGCCCUGAUGGCCGUGAGAGCCUCUCCCCAGAAGUUAACAAUGUGCCGCAUGAAUCUCCACGGACCAUUCUUCAGAUCAUGACGUGCUUUUCAGUUCCUGGAGGGUUCCUGUUAUCCCCUCUGCCGGGCAAUAUCCUACAUUUAACAAAAAAGGUUAUGCCUCCAUCAAAGAAGUGGGAAUCAAAUGUGGAUAUAGAAAAAGCACAAGAAACAUAUGAAGGCCAUGUGACUAAAAAAAUGAAAUCUGAUGGUAAGAAAAAGAAAUUAAUAGAUACAAAGAGUUCAAAGAACAGAAAUGAUAUUCGUGCAGUUAUGAAAAAGGAGAUUGAUAUAGAAACAGCUGCUGGUCAAAAGAUUGUAUCUGAAGCUCUCAACAUACCUUUGUUGUCUGAUCCCAGAACAAUGGAGGCAAACGGUGAGAAUCAAAUUGAAGAAGAGCCAGCAGGAAACACCUUGGGUGGAAAUAAAGAUGCUCGAUUGAAAGAACGGGCCAUCAAGAGUGACUCCAUGACAAUAAAAGCAGAAUCUUUUAAAGCUGAGGCAACGAAAUGCUUGGAAAACUGUGGUUUUGGCAGUUCAGAAAUGGAUUUUUCAGCAGUAAAGGGGGAGCUGAAACCCAAGACAGAAAAGACAGAGACAACUUUAGAAGAGAGGAAUGCAACUAAUGACAAAAACCUUCUACUGGAUAGGAAACAAGAAAGGAAAAUAAAACCUGAGAGUAAAUCUAAUGCCUCUGGGGUUAACUUUGAAGGCAACGAUGUGAUCAAUGAAAGAGCUCCUGGUGUUUCACGGAGCAUGGGAAAAGUUCCUGUUAAAGAAGCUUUACCUUAUGACACAAAUGGAGAAAAUAACAAGAGUGAAAUCAAAAGAGUGCAGAGGGAACAAAAGACCAAUAUCUCGACAUCUUCUGAUUUCCUGGAGGAUGAUAAGCACAUUCAUUCUUCUGCUACAGUUAAAGAGAGGAAAAGUGAUACACAAUCCAAAUCUAGCCAUACCGGAAAGAAACCCAAAUCAAAGUCACAUAGAGAUGUUAGGGACAACUUACCUGAAGGAUCAUGUGGAGGGAAGGAGCAGGAUAUAUUGGAGAAUGGAAGUGGUUUUGGAGAUCUGCGACCAAAGGAAAAAUCUUGGAAGAAUGACAGUGAAAGGGAUUUUGAUAUGCCUGGGACCUUGAGGACGGAGAUUUCUUCUAGUGCUAAGCAUGACAGACUAACAACUUCUGAUGAGCAGAAGAUGCGUAUACCUCCACCUGCCAGUUUAUCAACUGCAAAUGCAGUUCCUACGCUUCCAGCCCCAGUCGUAAUAGAGGAACACUGGGUGUGCUGUGACAUAUGCCAGAAAUGGCGUCUCCUACCAUAUGAGAUGAAUCCUUCCAACCUUCCUAAGAAGUGGAAAUGUAGCAUGCUACACUGGCUGCCUGGGAUGAAUAGGUGUGACAUUAGUGAACAGGAGACUACGGAUGCUCUAAAUGCACUAUAUGUCAUUCCAGCCCCUGCGAAUGGUAUUCCUUCAGUUGGUCAUCCUCAUGUUACUUCUGCAGGACUAGUAACAUCCAACACUUCCAAUGUAAAUGGACAUGUUGAACAGAGUAGGAAAAGGAAAACUGCUCUGAGUGAGGGAAGUGCAUUGGUUGAGGAUUCUCACCAAACACAGGCUUCAGCUCAUCCAAUGAGCAACCAACAUGCUCCUACUAAAAGUAGAAGUUUUGCUGAUGGUAACCAGUAUCCUAUCGAGAGAGAUUCUGUGAGCAAAUCAGUUGACCCUUCUAUUGAAAAGAAAAGGUCCAAGAGCAAGAAUCGUGGUAGCUAUUCUGAUGGAGGAGAUCUUGUGGAGCGAUCCAAGAAGCAUUCAAAAGGAAAAAGCAAGAGAGACAUGGAUCGUGAUGAAUAUAAAACUUCUAAGAAGAUAAGAAGGGAAGAGCGAUAUCAUUUUGAUAGGGAUAGGAGCCCUGGAUGUGAUUUAGCUAGUGGAGACGCUCCUGAUGAGGCCAAGGCUAUUCCUGCAAAGACAACGACCUUAAAGGGUUUGGGUGAAAGGAGUGAUGUUUCUUCAUCAAAGCAAAAAAAUGUUUCACGGCAUAAUCCUUUGGAAAAAUCCAAGAAAGCUAAGGACGAGGAUGAAGUUGUUCCUGAAGACGAGAACAAGGAAUACUUUGACCUCUCAGAUGUACAAAGAUCAGAUUUGUCUAGUAAGAAGAGGAUAGUGAAGGAAUGGGAGGAGAGUCAGCACAAUUCAACGGCUCAUAUAAACAAAGGAACUACAGUGAACCACAGCUCUGCUACCAAGGAAACGUAUAGGGAUCGGAACUUCAAGGAAACUAAGCUAAAGUCCUUGAAGUCUGAAGAACUGUUUUCUAUGACGGAUUCCAAACCAGGAAAGGUUCAACAUGCUGAUCAGAUUUUUUCUUAUGAUGUGGGGCAUAUAAACAAUGAGUUAGUUGAGGAUAGCACACUCUUUACUGGUAAAAGAGGUCCACCCGAACUAGAAAAUCAACUUUGUGAUCAGGCUUUGGACUUGGCUGAGCCUGCUUCUAGUGAUGUGGCCUACUUUCAGACUACAGCUGUAACUUCAAGUUCUUCAAAGACUUCAAGCUCACAAAAAAAGAAGCAAAACACUCAAGUUGCAAAGACUUCACCAAUUGACUCUCUUUCUUCAUCACCACAGAGAAACUCUAACAUUGACAAGCCCUCUCAUAGCAGAGUUUCAGGGAAGGAUGGAUCUCGGAAUGCUAAUUCAAGCACCAAGCUGAGCAUGGUAAAGCAACUAAAUACUGAAGUUGGCACAGCAGACAAUAUUCAACAGGCUAGUGAACCUGUUUUGGUUGGUUCUUCGCGAAAAAAAUCUGAUAAUGGACAUGUUCAGUUAAUCCAAGGUUAUGCCUCUGAUGGCAUUCAUUUCGAAAGAGGUUCAGAUGAUGAUCUGCAGCAUGAAUCUGGGAGAAAGGAUUCCAUCGUGAAGGGCUCCCAUGUAUCUAGAGGUCAUAACCAUUUACAUUCCGGUGACAAAAAGAACUAUCAUACAGAUGUCUCUCCAGUGCAACCUGGAAAGCAUACUGUAGACCCAAAGACAUCAGUCUUGGAUACCAAAGGUGAUUCGAGUAUGCAUGACAAUAAGAAAAGUGCACCUUCCCUUCAAGACAGAAAUGGAUCCGUUCAGUACCGUCCAGAUGGAAAUCCUCAGCUAGGUUUUCCAUGCGGAAAAGAGAAAUCAUAUCUCAAGAGUAACAAGCAAGAUUCACAGAAGCCCAAAGCUCAGUUGGUGUGCUCACCUCCAAAAGAAGGCAAACUGGAAUCCCACUCCACUCCAUUAAAACCUAAUGUAUCAAAAUUGACACCACAAUCAAGGCAGCACAAUAUUGACAAUGGAGGGCAACAUGGCACUGCAAAACAAGCAAUUCCAAAUCCCGCUGAUACCUCCAGUCCAGCUAGGAAGGAUGGUACUUCAGCUACAUAUGUUCUCAAAGAAGCCCGAGAUUUAAAGCACAAGGCCAAUCGUUUGAAGGAAGAAGGAAAAGAACUUGAAAGUACAAGACUCUACUUUGAGGCUGCCUUAAAAUUUUUGCAUGUUGCGUCACUUUGGGAACCUCCUAGUUUUGAUGGUUUGAAACAAGGCGAUGCAGCCCAGAGCAUGUAUUCUGAUACUGCAAAACUUUGCAACUUUGUUGGUCAUGCAUAUGAAAAGUGCAAGAAGAUGGCUGCUGCUGCUUUAGCAUACAAGUGUGUUGAAGUAGCUUAUCUCAAGGCUGCAUACUACAAAUACCUAACUGCAAGCAAGGAUAGACAAGUGUUGCAGGCAGUUGUACAGACUGCACCAGGUGAAUCACCAUCAUCUUCUGCCUCAGACAUUGAUAAUUUAAAUAAUAAUGGAUUAUCCAAGGGACCUUCAAGCAAGAAUGCUAAUUCACCGCAAGUUGCUGGGAAUCACUUAUUACUAGCCGUUCGUAAUCAACCACACUUGACACGAUUACUAGCCUAUACAAAUGAUGUCAACUGUGCCUUCGAUGCAACUCGGAAGUCACAAAUGGCGAUUGCUUCUGCUGCUGGCAAUCAUGAAGAUGGAAUAGAUGAUCUUUCUUCAGUAAGAACAGUUCUGGAUUUUAACUUCCGAAGUGUGAAUGAUCUGCUAAGACUUGUACGACUUUCGAUGGAGUCUAUCAGCCGCUGACAUGUUCAGAAUCCAAGAAAUUGCAUCCCUUGAACAGGUCCUGUUGUAUGUGCAAUCCAAUUUCUAACAUACUUUGUCCUUGAUGAGGUAGCAUGAGGCUGAAUAGUUCAACGGUGGAGAAUGCAUAGGUCUUCUCAUUUGGGCACGCUGGUCAAUUUGUACAGAAACUGGUCUCGGAAUUCUUCUUCGUUUAUUAUUUUGGCGCAUUCAAUUAGUAUACAUAGCUGCACAUCCACUUGGGUGAUUCAGUCUUAGUGAGGGAAGCAGCUGAAGAUGAACUUUGCACUGCUCAAUGUUUGUAAUAGUUUGGGCAUAGAAGGAUGCUCUUCACUGCCUGCAGUUGAUAAGCUACUAUACAUUGUUAUCAGGAAAGCAGCUCGCCCUAGAGCAUUCUCUUCCUACUAGUUGUAAAUUAUGUGAUUCUCCAUCGAAGCUGUCUUACAGUUGAAGAGUCAUAUCAUAGUUUCCUUUGAGCAGUACAAUAUGAGGUGUUUCCACUUGACAAUUUUGAUGGGACAGGACAACAAAGCCAAUUAAUUGUGCUAACCAAGAAAUCAGCGAGCAGUUUUUCUUUUCACCCUUGCCAUGAUGCCAUCACUUCUGGAUAAAGUUUAUGCAGGGAUAAACUCAGUGUUACGUGGACACGGACACGGGUGUCAGAAUCCGACUUAGACUCUGGUGUCCGAUUCGGCAAAGAAAAUUUGGACACACAAAUACAACUUGGAAUCCGACAUGGGUGUCGGAAUCCAACUUGGAUUCGGGGUGUCCGAUUUGGCAAAUAAAUUUGUUCACGGGUGUCAGGUUUCAAACAAGAAAUCACUUGGACCAUCAGUCUUCGUAUGGAUGUUGUACAAAGUUUAAUAUACAAUAGCUAACCCUUUUUCUUGAUUAUCAAUACCACGACUGUCAUCAGCACAUGUACAUGUGUAUAUAUACACUAAAGGCGGAAACAUUUGUUGCUUCGUCUGGUGUAUGUCUGCCAAGCUUUUAGUCUUCCACUAUUCAAAUUUUGUCAGAUUUAGUUGUUUAAGAUAGAUUGUGUCUAGUACUGAGAAUGUGUUGCAGACUGCAAAAUUAAGCUCCGUAUUCUGUAACUUGUAGCGCAACAUGAGUUUCAGUUCAUUGAGUAAAGUGAUGCUAAUUGUUCACCUUA